CGCGCACGCAUCCUCCCGGUAUAUAACUUCCGCUGACGCAUGCUCAAAGCAUCCCGGGAUUGGGGCGGACUGAGACUGCGCCGGGCAGUUGAUUGGGGGGGGAGGGAAGGUAGACGCCGAGAUGGAUGUGUUCCUAAUGAUCCGGCGCCACAAGACAACCAUCUUCACAGAUGCGAAGGAAUCGAGCACAGUAUAUGAGCUGAAGCGCAUCGUGGAAGGAAUCCUCAAGAGGCCCCCAGAUGAGCAGCGGCUCUAUAAGGAUGACCAGCUGCUGGAUGACAGUAAGACCUUGGGUGAAUGUGGCUUCACAAGUCAAACAGCCAGGCCUCAAGCUCCAGCAACUGUGGGGCUAGCCUUUCGAGCAGAUGAUGCAUUUGAAACAUUGCGCAUUGAGUCUUUCUCCAGUCCCCCAGAGCUCCCAGAUGUCAUGAAGCCUCAAGACUCUGGAAGUGGCACCAACGAGCAAGCUGUGCAGUAAGGGCCCUAGGCCCCACCCUCUAUAGUGAUCUAAUACAAUAAAAAAUUUUGGUGUCAGGA